AUGAAGGGUACCAUUGCUUCCGGUCUUGCCCUGCUCGCCGCCACUGUCUCCGCGCAGCAGGUCGGCUCGGAAGAGUCCGAGACUCACCCCAAGCUCAGCUGGCAGAAGUGCUCUGCUCCCGGCAGCUGCUCCAACGUCAACGGUGAGAUCGUCAUCGACGCCAACUGGCGCUGGAUCCACACCGUCGACGGCUACGACAACUGCUACGACGGCAACGUCUGGACUGAUAUCUGCUCUGAUGCCAGCGACUGCGCCAAGAACUGCGCUGUCGAGGGUGCUGACUACUCGACCACCUAUGGUAUCACCACCAGCAGCGACGCGCUCACCCUCAAGUUCGUCCAGGAGCAUGAGUACGGUGCCAAUGUCGGCUCUCGUGUCUACCUCAUGAACGGCUCCGACAAGUACCAGAUGUUCGAGCUCCUCAACAACGAGUUCGCCUUCGAUGUCGAUCUGUCCCAGGUUGAGUGCGGUAUGAACUCUGCCCUCUACUUCGUUCCCAUGAAGGAGGAUGGUGGUCUUAGCGACGAGUCCAACAACGAGGCUGGUGCCAAGUACGGUGUUGGUUACUGCGACGCCCAGUGCGCUCGUGAUCUCAAGUUCAUCAACGGAAAGGACGACACCUGCGGUGGCACCUACUCCGACGACCGCUACAGCGGUGGCUGCGACGCCAACGGUUGCGAUUACAACCCUUACCGUCUCGGCAACCUUGACUUCUACGGUCAGGGCAGCCUCCUCGACACCACCAAGAACGUCAUCACUCGUUUCGAACAGGAUGCCAUGUACCAGGUCUUCAUCCAGGACGGCAAGACCAUCGAGGUCCCCGCUCCCAACAUGGAGGGCAUCCCCUCCGACAGCAACAAGAUCAACGCUGCCUUCUGCACGGCUGCUCCCACCGUCUUCGACGACCGCAACCGUUUCGACGAGAUCGGUGGAUACUCCCAGCUCACCGAGGCCCUCGCCAUCCCCAUGGUGCUCGUCAUGUCCAUCUGGAGCGAUAAGGCCGGCCAGCCCGGUGCUCUCCGUGGCCCUUGCGCCACCGACUCCGGUGUCCCCGCCGAGGUCAUUGCCGAGCACGGCGACGCCACCGUUGUCUGGUCCAACAUCCGCUACGGUCCCAUCGGCUCUACCCACGAGGUCUAA